AUGGUAGUAAAGGUGGACUAUGACCGCGACUACUAUGCGGACCUUGAGCUGCCUUCAACGGCGGAUACCGCUGAGGUGAAGAAGCAGUUCAAGAAGCUUGCCCUCAAAUACCACCCGGAUCGCAACCGAGGAAAAGAGGAGGAAGCCAAGGAUAGGUUCAUCCACAUCCAAGCCGCACAUGAGGUCCUUAGCGACCUGUCCAUUAAGGCCAAGUACGAUGCCUAUCGGAAACGAGGAGGAGCUUCUACGAGCAGGUAUCCAACAGCUGCUGGCCACCGCGGAAACCCCUACUCCAACGUCUCCGCCGAAAUGGCAGACAGAUAUGGCGCUCCUCCAACGCGACGAACCCCUCAUAUGCCGUCUCGUGCCGACCCGGGUCCGUCAGCACACGCACGCUAUUCGGCAUGGGGGACACCCUCGUCCUCCUCAUCUUCACGUCCAGUCCCACCAAAGACGGCAUCUGCUGCCGACAACUUGCGCGCAUGGGAUGCUAUGCGAUCAAGUACCAAGACAGGCCAGACAUCUUCGUCGACGCCCAAGUCGUCAGGUUAUGCGUCAGCACGAACCGAAUGGACCGAACGGACCGAAAGUGCCAGGAGGGAGCCGCCUCCAGUACCACCACGGACCGCGGGGCAAGCUCGUCGUGCGGACGCUGCCUUUGGUACCGCCAGACGGGCUGGCUAUUCACCGGAUUCCCCAGUGGGCGACGAACCACCUGUGUCGAGGCACAACUACACUUCCAGCGCCCACCACACGGCUACGACCACCAUGUUUGAGGAUACCGCCGCUAACAUCAGGAAAUCACGGCCGCAAUCGACCCCCACUCCGGUUGACCCUUUGAGCGAGCAGUUCAGUGAGACAUACUUGGACAGCAGACAACGGACCCCCUAUGCCUCGCAUAUCGGCGAAAAGUUCAACCCGUUUGAAGGUGCCAACGUCAACAGAGCAAAGUCCAUGAAAGACCCAUCCCGGCCCGCCCAGGAAUCCGAGGAAGAGGUGCCCCGUCCGCGCCCGUCGCGACAACGCAGCGCUAGUGUCGGUGAGUCCAACAGCUUCGGGAAGGCGGCCAACGGCGGGACCACAUCCUCUGGAACCUCGAAAGCUGAGCCGCGAGCCAGCGCGCGUUAUUAUGCCCAGGAAGCUGAACCCAGGUCAGCACCCAAUACAGCAGCCAACCCGACGCCGCGUGCGUCCACCUCAUCUAUGAGGAGCAACCCGAACGCUCAAGCCGGAACCUCGGAAUCAGCGCAGGAUGGCCCCAAAGUGUACGCUCCAUCUCCUUUCUUUAAACCCGAUGAAUACUUCAAGUCAACAUCCUCUUUCGGUCAACCCAGCAAGAUUCGACCGCCGCAUGUGUUCAGUCAUGCCGGCGCGGGAAGUUACCGCGGAAGAGCUCAUGAAGAUACGGCAAAUAACCGGGAGUCUCAUGGCAGGAAAACUCCGAGUGGAGAUCAGUCGACCUCCGGGGACAUGUCUUCCUUUGAGAAGGAUAUGCACGACCAUCUGCAGCUUCUCCUGGGAAGGCGUAAGAUGCAUUCACGGAGACAGCAUAUAAAGCCGACCGACAACCCCCUCUCGCCCAGGAAGACCAACGUAUACAACAGGGUCCAGAAGCAGCGAGCGACUAACAGCGUAUACCCCCAUAGUUUCACCGUCCCCGACGACGAUGGAUACACCCAGAAGCAACAGGCAUCAGCCGACUUUACCCGGAGUGGCGUUCAGGAUAUCAACGCCAGCUUUGUGGACCAGGAAAAGGUUGGUGCAGGAUUUCAGUUUAACGCCGGUGGAUCGACCACCAUUCCCGGAGCUGACGCCUUUUCGCGCGCAAAGCAACGAGCACGCUCAGUCCCCCGAGGCCGCCAAUCGCCCCUCAAAAACACGUAUACGUCUUCCAACGAGUCGGUCAGUGGCGCAACUCGUCCGCCGAGCGAGACGAACGAUGCAGGUAAGAAGCCAAGUGCCUUUGACGCCGGUCAAUGGCAAGCAGAAUUCAGCCCGCAUACCUUUGUUCCUUAUCCUGGUAUUCAUGGAAGUUGUUGGCGGGGUCUGGUUGCUGACAAUUUCCGUGGUUGUACUACACUCGGGGGUUUCGCCCUGGCGCUUCCACUGGUCAUUCGAGGUUGGUUGUACCUUCUUCUGUUUCUUCUAUAG